AUGGUGUAUGCAACUCUGUUGAGUGAAGAGGACCUCAGUCGCUUUCGAACAAAGCAAUGCAAAAGACUGUUGAACGGAGGUUGUAAUUUCGGACUAGAUAGAUGCCAAUAUAGCCAUAACGAAUUUUGGAAUAGAAGAUGUCCCUUCUAUUUAAGUGAUUCAUCUUUUAUUCGUUAUAUAACAGUAAUGUGUCCAGAUGUAGAAACAAAGAGUGAUGGUUCAAUAAACAGUUUAUGCUUAAGAGGAGGUGAAUGCCCUUUUGCACAUUCGUCUGAAGAGAUUUUAUAUCAUCCGCUUUAUUAUAAAACGAAGAGAUGUGAAGAUUAUAAGAAAGGAUCAUGUAAUACUUACUACUGUCCAUUUAUUCACGGUCUAGCUGAAACGAGAGUCCCAGGAUCAUAUAAGUUACCUUUUACUAAUGGCAUUAACAUACCGAAUAUACCGAAUAUAAUUAUCGUUGAUAAAAUAGAUAUAAGCAAUAAGAGUAGUUGUGUGUCCAUGAAUGACAAUAAUAAGUAUGUGAAGAAUGGUUCAUCAAUAAUUAAGAAGAGAAGUGAUUUACUUAUAGAUGAUAUGACGGAAAAUGAAACUAACUAUAAUAAAUUAAAUUGUAUUGCAUUGAGUGCUUACUCUUCUAAAGAUUCUAUAUCAAACAAAAAUGAUUCAUGUAAAAUGAGUGUUUGUAAAGAUUCUUUAUCUUUUAACGAGAAUUUACUAAAUUAUUCUGAGGAGGAUAUAAAAUUAAAUCUAUUUAAUCACAGCCCUCUUGACAGAAGCUUACACAGGUAUACAGGAAAAAAUGAAUUAAUGUAUUCUAUUAAUUCAUUUGCAAACUAUGAUAGCAGUAGUAUUGGUAACAACACAACAACAAUAAGUAAUAUAAAUAGUGUAAGUAUGAACAACAUCGGAGGUAGUAUCUACAGUGGAAUGGGGAAUGGGUUUGGAAGUGAAAUAGAAGUAAAUGCAAUCAAUACUACUGUUCUGAACAGUAUCAAAGGGAAUGUGAACACACUUAAUAAUACUCGUCGUUCUCCUAGUAUGAUGAAUUGUGCAAAUUACAAUGAGCUAAUUUGUAGGGAAAUAAAUGGAAUUGGUAAUAAUAAUACAUCAUCAAAGGGUAGCAAUGACUUAUCGUCCAAAUCAAAUUUGUGUGCUAAUUUUACGGAUAAGAUAUAUACCAACGAAAAUUUUAACAAAAGCUUUAACAUUCUAAAAGAUAAACAGAAUUAUUCAAGUUGUAGUACAGCUGAGCAUGAAAUUAGCUUUAACGAACAAGAGGUUACAAGUGAUGAUGUAAUUGACGAUGAGGAAGACGACCUAGAAACUGAUGAAAAUUUAAAUACUCGAAUUUCAAAUAAAAAUAAAGAUGUAGACAUAAUAAAUAAUAAUGGUAGUAAUCAAUUCAGUUGUAGUAGUAACAGUUUGGAUGAAGAUAAGCAUAGUAAUGAAGUUAAUCUGUUAGAAGUUAUUAAAUGUCUGAAAAGUUUAUAUGGUAAAAUUAUUAAGGGAAAUUUAGUCUUUUCUCCUGAACAGUGGGAUAAUAUUGCCCAAAUUACUUACGAAAUUAUAGGUGUAGUUGAGUUCAAUAGGGUUUUAAAAUUAAAGAGAACUACAGACAGAACGAAAAAUUAUAUCUAUAAUAGGAAUAAAGAAUUUACUUUCGACAAGUUGAAAAAGAUGGAUAUAAAUACCAGGAGGAUGACGGGGAGUAAUAGUCAAGGCACGAAGGGACAAGAUGGACAUGAAGAAGGGUCAGCAGUUGUUGAUGCAAACCUAUGUGCAGAUUUAGUCACAAAAAUGGGUGCACAAAUAAUAGGGGAAAAUGUCGAUGCAGGUACAAAAGAGGAUAUAGAUGUUGAUAUAGAUGCUGGAAUGGAUUCGGAUAAUGAUGCGGACGUAGAUAUGGAAGUAGAACGAUGGAACCUUGCAAAUCAGGAAGAAGUACUGAAAACUCCUAAGGGACACAUGUACGAAAUUAUGGAAUUUGGCACGGAAAAGGAUAAAAAAAUGAUAAGUGUUCAAUCGGAUAAUAAAAGAGAAGAAACGAAUGCUAUAAAUGGUACAACGGAUAUUACAGAAGAAGGUUAUUUAAUAAAUUUAUAUAAUGAGAAAUUAAAAGAAAAUUAUUUAGGGGAAAAAAGUGAAUUAGAUUUACUAGCCAUGAAAUCGAAAUUCCGUACGACUCAGUUAAACUUGAAUAACGAAAAGACGAACACAAAAGAUUCUCAUUUUUUGGAAUAUUACAACUUAAAUAAAAACAGUUUAAGCUUUACAAAAACGAAGGAUAAUUGUGAAAAAGCUUCUUCACAUCAGCCUUUCAUGUCUUUUUUUUCAUUUCUAUCUGAGUAA